CGGCCGGGGUGGGCUAGCCGAUGGUCACGGGCCGUCGCGGUCUCUGCUCGCCGCAGACGAUCCAGGAGCAGGCGGCGCGCGGCAGAUCUCGCCACAUGCGUGGCCCGUGGGGGGCGGCGGAAGGGGCGACGCGACGCGGCUUUAUAAAACCGAACCCCCCCACUCCGUAUUUCCCCGUCCCCGUAGCGCUUCUGUUCGGCGUCGGCCCUCCGCACCUGCGCUCACACCGAACACCGCACCGAGCCACUCGCAAGGAAAGCCGCCGCGGCGAGGAGGAGGAGAAGAGAGAGAGAGAGAGAAUGGGGAGAGGAGGGAUCGGACGUGCGGUGGACAUGGAGACCGCCGACUCCACCCGGGGGUUCGUCAAGGACGUCAAGCGCAUCGUCAUCAAGGUGGGCACUGCUGUUGUCACCGGGCAGAAUGGCCGAUUGGCUAUGGGUAGGCUCGGGUCUCUAUGUGAACAGAUUAAGCAACUGAAUUUUCAAGGGUAUGAGGUGAUUCUGGUCACCUCGGGAGCUGUUGGUGUUGGGAGGCAGAGACUCCAAUACCGCAAGCUUAUCCAUAGCAGCUUCGCUGAUCUGCAGAACCCGCAGAUGGACUUUGAUGGAAAGGCCUGUGCUGCCGUUGGUCAAAGUGGCUUAAUGGCGAUCUAUGACACGUUAUUUAGCCAACUUGACGUAACAUCAUCUCAACUUCUUGUGACGGACCGCGAUUUUAAGGAUCCAAGUUUCGGCGACCAGCUUCGCGAGACUGUUUUUUCUUUAUUAGAUCUCAAAGUAGUACCACUAUUUAAUGAGAACGACGCCAUCAGUACUAGGAGACAACCAUGUGAGGAUCCAUCUGAUACAUUCUGGGAUAACGACAGUUUGGCAGCUCUCUUGGCAGCAGAACUUAAUGCAGAUAUUCUUAUCAUCCUAAGUGAUGUGGAGGGACUCUAUAAUGGUCCACCAAGUGAUCCUCAAUCAAAGAUUAUCCACACAUACAUUAAUGAAAAACAUGGGAAGCUAAUUAGUUUCGGAGAGAAGUCUCGUGUAGGAAGAGGCGGAAUGCAAGCUAAAGUGGCUGCUGCUGCUAAUGCUGCAUCAAAAGGCGUACCUGUCGUGAUUGCAAGUGGUUUUGCAACAGAUAGCAUUAUUAAAGUUCUCAGAGGAGAAAAAGUUGGUACACUUUUCCACAAUGCAGCAAAUAUGUGGGAUUGUUCCAAGGAAGCUACAGCCCGAGAGAUGGCAGUUGCGGCGAGAGACUGUUCAAGAUGCCUACAAAAAUUAUCAUCUGAGGACCGUAAGAAGAUUUUGCUAGAUAUUGCUGAUGCUCUAGAAGCAAACGAGGAUUUAAUUAGGUCUGAAAACGAAGCUGAUGUCAAGGCGGCGCAAGAUGCAGGUUACGAAAAAUCUUUGGUUGCUAGGAUGACCCUAAAGGCAGGAAAGAUAACAAACCUAGCGAGAUCCAUUCGUGCAAUUGCGGACAUGGAUGAUCCUAUUGCCCACACAUUGAAAAGAACAGAGGUUGCUAAAGAUCUGGUUUUUGAGAAAACAUGUUGCCCAUUGGGUGUUCUCCUAAUUAUCUUUGAGUCACGUCCCGAUGCAUUGGUCCAGAUUGCGUCUUUAGCAAUCCGAAGUGGGAAUGGUCUUCUUUUGAAAGGAGGAAAAGAAGCUAUGAGAUCAAACACAAUAUUACAUAAGAUCAUAACUGGCGUGAUUCCAGAUGUUGUUGGUAAAAAGCUCAUUGGCCUUGUAACUAGCAAAGAUGAAAUUGCUGAUUUGCUAACGCUUGAUGAUGUGAUUGACCUUGUCAUUCCAAGAGGCAGUAAGAAUCUUGUUUCUCAAAUCAAAGCAGCAACCAAGAUUCCAGUUCUAGGGCACGCUGAUGGUAUCUGCCAUGUUUAUAUUGAUAAAUCAGCUGACAUGGAUAUGGCAAAACGUAUAGUAUUGGACGCAAAGGUUGAUUAUCCAGCAGCGUGUAAUGCAAUGGAAACAUUACUUGUUCAUAAAGAUCUGAACAAGAGUGAGGGCCUUGAUGAUCUAUUUGUGGAACUUGAAAAGGAAGGAGUUGUUAUUUAUGGUGGGCCUGUUGCGCAUGACAAAUUGAAAGUACCAAAGGUAGAAUCAUUUCGUCAUGAGUAUAGCUCAAUGGCUUGCACCCUUGAAUUUGUUGAUGAUGUACAGUCAGCGAUUGAUCAUAUAAAUCGUUAUGGAAGUGCGCACACGGAUUGCAUUAUCACAACUGAUGAAAAGGCUGCAGAGACUUUUUUGCAGCAAGUUGAUAGUGCUGCCGUGUUUCAUAAUGCAAGCACAAGGUUCUGUGAUGGGACUCGCUUCGGUCUAGGUGCAGAGGUUGGCAUAAGUACAGGGCGCAUACAUGCUCGUGGACCUGUUGGUGUUGAUGGGCUUAUAACUACACGCUGCAUUCUACGAGGGAGCGGGCAAGUAGUGAACGGUGACAAGGGAGUGGUAUACACCCACAAGGAGCUUCCUUUGCAAUGAGGCUAGUAAUGGCAAAGGACCUCUUCUGUAAAACAAUAUUUUGUAAGCAACCACUGAACUCCCCCUUUGGAGUAUCCUAUUCUCUAUGCAAUGCAACGGAGACAGCACCUAAAUGUCAUCAAAACGAGGGAAGAAACUGAUGUGUAGCUCAGUGGUGCCUCCUAUUCAUUAUACAAUGAUUUAUUUAUUAUUCAGACCAUUAUGGUACGAGGCUACCUAUAUAUAAGUCGUACUUGUAGAAUCAUCGAACUUGCUUCGAUACAUCUUUACUAUAGGUGUAGCACCUAGAUGAUGUACGAUGGUUUCGGAUGAAGCAUCGAGUCCGUUUUAUGCUUAUGAUAAUACAAAUAUAUGAUGAGCGCCUGAAA